AUCAAUGAAUUAAUUUUGCUUCGAAAUCACGACUUGAUGAUGAAAAUGCAUGCUAUGCUAAUCCUGUCGAAUUCAAUGACAGAUUAUAAAUCCCUCAAUCAUGCAUCAUUAGGGUUUCUGGAUCCCCAUGAUAUAAAUACUACAAGUCCAUGAUAUAACUUAAUAUAAAGAAGAGAGGUCGAAAAUGAUGGGGUUAAUUAGGUUAGUAAUUGUAGCAUAUAGUAUUUGGAUGGGAAUGGGUCUGAGCAUGAAUAAGUACGAUGUAACAUGUCCCAACGUUGAGUCCAUUGUUGCCAAGGUUGUAAGAAACGCAACGUCGAGAGACAAAACAGUGCCUGCAACACUUCUCAGAAUGCACUUUCAUGAUUGUUUUAUAAGGGGAUGUGAUGGUUCCAUAUUGCUGGAAUCUGGAGGUGGGAAUAAAGCAGAAAGAGAUGCGCCGCCAAACAGAUCGCUGCAUGCAUUUUAUGUGAUAGAAGCUGCCAAGAGAGCAGUCGAAGCUGCGUGCCCCGCCCUUGUCUCCUGUGCAGAUAUUUUGGCCUUCGCCGCUAGAGAUGCUGUCGUUCUCUCGGGAGGGCCAAGAUGGGAAGUACCGAAAGGGAGAAAAGACGGCAGGACUUCAAAAUCGAGCGAAACCUCAUCCCUCCCAUCUCCACUCUUCAACGCUUCUCAGCUCGCCAAAGCCUUCGCUCUAAGGGGUCUCUCUCUCCAAGACGCUGUCGCUCUCAUCGGCGCGCACACGCUCGGCUUCGCCCACUGCUCCUCCUUCGAGAAGAGGAUCCGCAGCUUCAACUCUACCCACGACGUGGACCCCACGCUCCGCCCCUCAUACGCCGCGGCGCUCAGAGGCGCCUGCCCCCUCAAGAACAAGGCCCCCAACGCCGGCGUCGCCAUGGAUCCUUCCUCCACCACCUUCGAUAUCAACCACUACAGACUCAUCAUCAACCGUCAGGCUCUCUUCGCUUCCGAUCAAUCUCUGCUCAGCGCGCCGCAAACCAAACCUUUGAUUUAUAAAUUUGCGAGGUCCAAGAAGGCUUUCCACACCGCCUUCGCCAAAUCCAUGAUCAAAAUGAGCAGCCUUAAUGGAGGCCACGAGAUUAGGAAGGACUGUAGGUUUGUCAAUUAAAUUUAAUCCACUGCUGCUGUGCCUCUGCCUCUGCCUCUGCUGCUUAUUAUGUUACUAUAUUAUAUAUAUCGUCAACUGUUAUUAUAUACUAAUGCACCACUGCUGCUUAUUAUUAUUAUCAUUAUUAUUAUUAGAAUCCCA